UAAUAACUUCAAACUGGUCCACUGCAUUCCAGCGAUGUUUUGCUUCAGAAUGUACCUGACCGCUCCAGAGUUGAAAUGGGAAAUUUAGUUGAAGAACACCUUUGCCGGUUGAUGCGCGCUCUUCAGAGUACUUGGAACACGUGGAGUUAUGGACUAAGAAGUGUUGGUGUGUUGUGCUAGUGGUUCCAGUUUUUCCGCAAUUUCCACUUGGCCCAUAAAGGAUUUACACACAAUUCGGCGGAUUAACCAGUUCCUCCAUUGGUUUAUUUAACUACAUGGUGAGAGAUCACCCCUCUGAAGAGAUGAGUGGGUCAUGCGUGCCGGCCUGUGCACGGUGAGCGCACCCCUAGUCGCGUGCAGCCCAGCAGCAGCGCUACCCCCCUCGGCCAGGUUCCUGGCACUCCAUCUGCUGCACCAGCAGACUCUUUACUUCAUCGUCCAAGCCAAAUCCAGGGUCAGAGAGCUCUAUCAGCAGACAUGUCUCCACUUCGCCCAACAGGGCAUGCUGGAUACGGACCUGUACGGACUUGCACUGAUUUGCGAUGGAGAAUACCUCUUUGCGGAACCAGAUAGCAAGCUAUCCAAGUACGCCCCGAAGAGUUGGAGAUCCUCCCACAGCCAUGGUCUGGACGCUAAUGGUCGACCAGCCCUUGCCUUCUAUUUCCGGGUGCAGUUCUACGUGGACAGUCCUCUUCUCCUCCGAGAUGACAUCACUCGCCACCACUACUACCUGCAGCUGCGGCUCAACGCUGCCUCUGGGGCCGCAGGGGACAAGGCCAACCAACUGGCGGGAUUGGCCCUACAAGCGGACUUCGGGGACUACCACGAGUCCCUCUGCUUCAGACCGGAGGACUAUCUACCGCCGAAUAUGCGAGGCCCAGCUGCCCUUCGCGCCAUCGAGACUACUCACCGCAGCCACAGUGGUCUUUCGAAGGCGGAAGCCAGAACCAAAUUUAUAGCAGAGGCAUGCCAACUGAUGGAACCAGUGAACGCACACGUCUUUAGAUUGAAAGCUUCCAAAGUCGAGUCCGCUCCAGGUUCCAUCCUGUUAGCUGUAUGUGCCCGUGGUCUUCGAGUCUGCCCUGACAACAACCCCCCAUCCAUUUUCCUCUGGAGCUCCAUCGGGAAACUCAGCUUCGAAAGGAAGAAAUUCGAGAUAAGGACGGGCCACGAGAAGCUCACUCUGUACACCAGCAGCGACGAGAAAAGUAGACUCUUAUUGGCUCUAUGCAAAGCCACCCACCAAUUCAGCAUGGCUGUCGCGCCAAGGCUAAACGAGGCCAAGAAAGAGGAAGAAGAAAGACAGAGAUGGGUGGGCAAUCAGAGGAUAUCCGUCAUAUCAUCUACCUCCUCCAACACGACAUCUGGAAUUGUCAGUGACAGGGUUCAUUCCGAAGAUGAACUGGAGAUAAUGAUAACUAGUCCUCCUGCUCAAUCGAUGGAAAGUUUGGCUCUAGCACACCUGCUGGACAGUGCGCCUGCUAGUAGCCGUACUUCUGCAGCUUCGGCAACGGCAGCCUUCGCGUCUCUCGCUUUGAAAGAAGAAGAAGAGGACGAUAUGUCUAAGCCGCCAAGGUCGGAGAGUUCGACCAAGACGACAAGCGGAAAGUGUCCAGGAUCGCAAUGUAGCUCGUCCUGCAGCACUGUUGUUGUCACGCCGAAGCAAACAAAAUCCAAGAUUGGACGGAGGUUAUCGACGAGUAGCAGUCUCGAGCUCGGAUAUUCCCACACGGCCCAAAACUCCGUCUUGAGCGACGCCACUUGCAUAGAGUUGGACACCCGCGAAGUGGUCUACACCUCUGGGCCGGCUCCUAGCAGCCACACCAGCGGGGUCUACACCCUGAGUUCCAGCGAACAAUACAGCACCCAAGGAGAUCAAAUAGACGGCCUGUUCAGGGAUAGGUCGAAUUCCAACGUGAGCAAUUCGGGUUCAUUCCACGGCGACGGCAGCGACCCCACGGACAAGCAACAGUCGUUGCUGUCAGCUGAGGAACUGUCGGAUCUUAUUGUCGGGAAGGGGAAAUAUCCCAGUUGUAAGAACGUGAGCAACACCUUGGAUUCAGACUCGGACUACGUCACGUUACCAUCUAAUUACAAGUCGUACCUGCCCGUGCCUCCUGUGAGAAUCGACAGUGUGGAGUCUAGAUUCAGACCACCUCCUCCACCUUAUCCAGCACAGUUGAACAAACUGCCUAAGGAAAACGCUUCGUUAGAUUUCAACGAUACCAGUUGCCGGUUGGAUUUGAGCCUUAGACACCCACCUCCUUACCCUGACAAUCCGAUACCUGUUCCACCACCUGUUUAUCCUUCCUCCAGCGAGGCGAACGCUAGGUUGAUAACGACGAGAUCUCCAAGCAUCUUAACGGCGCAAACCAGCGCUGUCAGCUCUAACGCAGCUCCCAGCUAUUCACAACCGAGUGCUUUGGUGCCUCCAAUACCUCCUAAAGUACCUAGGUCCACGUCCCAAAUCAACGCUAUAAUUUCUCCGAACAACUAUUUGGAUGUCGCGGCUAGUAAAGCUAAUGUCUUGGUUCCUUGUACUUUUCUUCCGCCUCCACCGCCUGCUCCAAGACAUCCACCGCCUCCACCACCUUCGGCAGUGGCCACAGUUUAUACCAGCCAGCUUUCUAGGUCGCAAAUCGAACAGUACCAACAACAGAUGUACAGCGAUGUUGAUUUCGUGGUGUUUCCACUGAAAGAACCUGCCAUCAGUAAGCAGGAGUAUCUAGAGGCUAAGCAAGGAUCUAUAUUGGCAGCUUUGGCUCAGAACCAACCAGUAUUCUAUAGGAGUACCCCGUACUUAUGCACGUAUUCAUCGAGUCAGAAUUUAUCCGAUUCCUACGUUCAACUGCCAGUGUAUGGCGCACCAAGCAUAUCGUCUACUGGGAGCUUAGAACCACCCCCACCACCUCUGCCUCCGAAUAGACCCAGUAGAUUCAUGAGGACUCAAUCGGACGACAACAUCUUGAACUCUUUGGACAACCAACCGCCAAAGUUUCGAAGGCUGCCUCCCCCACCACCUCCAGCGCCUGAUAAGAGGGAAGGGAGAAUGGAGUUGAACGUUAGCAAGAUUAGCAGUAGUGAAAGAAAAUGUGAAGUGCCGUUAACAGUUGCUACGGAUAAACCGACCGCUUUGGAUAUUCGUACUCUGAGAGAGAAGAGCAAGAAAAUGGACUUGCCGUUGAUUUCGGCCUUGUGCAAUGAUAGGUCACUGAUAAAACAGACUAAAGCAUUUGUUAUGCCUAAACACCCGGGUGACUCAGUACCGCGACAGUCUUUUAGCUGCAGCACUACCCGUCAAAAGUACCCUGUAUCAGGAUUAAGUAGUUCGAAAAUAAACAAGACAACUAGGAAAACACCUAUGGUGAGCCAUAGGCAUCCGGGAGACAAGCUGCCAGAGAUCCCAAGGGCUACUCCGAACAAUUACGUAUUAACAGAUCCAAGAGCCAAGCAUAAGACUAUGCAAUCCCAUUCUUGACGAUCUUCUCCUCCAACCAGAAGAAGAUGGUCCGGAAUAUCAACUCAACUCAUUGUCAAUACUCAGGGUGCCAUCAUUGCAGUAUAUAUAUUUUUAAUGAUAAUUCAAGUCAUGUACGUUUGGCAUUCUGGUAAAACUAUGACGUUUAUCUUGUUGCUGAUUUACUGGAAUGCCAACAAUUCGAAGCCAUUCCUGCGUGUAUAUAAAAGUUAUUUUUUCUACCACUACAACUAGUUUUUCACAAUAUGAAAAUUAUGAAGAUUAAAUAAAUACACUUGCUCAACUUACAUUAGACUUUAACUGAUUAUAUAUUGCAUUAUAUUGUUUUAAUUUUUUAUUUAUUUUUGCAUCGAAAUUGUUCAUGCUUCAUUCAAGUGUAUGGUGCUGCCAUCAUUUUUAUUAAGAGCAAUAAAUACUUGAUUACUCA